AUGGAUUUCGUCGGCCGUCAAAUUGUGGCACGUCCUCUCUGGGACAGCUCGAAAUUCCUUGGUGAUUGCGGGCUGGUGAGAGCCCCGAGGCUAUCGGUAUUGCCCCCACUGGACACCCUAGAGUUUGGGAAGAGGUUCUCGGAUCACAUGCUCGAGAUUGACUACAAUAUGGCUACUGGAUGGGCGAAGCCACGGAUAAUGCCGAUGGGGGACAUCAAGGUGCAUCCAGCAUCUCCUGUAUUGCAUUAUGCAGUAGGCUGCUUCGAAGGACUGAAAGUAUAUAGAGUCCCAGAGGGCAUCAGAGAGUUCCGUCUGUCUAGUAACAUUGCGCGUUUCGCCAAUUCCAUCAGGCGCAGUGCUAUGGCUGACCUCACCAAACAGGAUGAGAAAGCUAUGGAGCUGGUAUUAAUUGACGAGCACAUGAUACCGUCAGAGCCGGGUUAUUCCCUCUAUAUUCGCCCGACAUGCAUCGGAACCCAGGCCAUAUUAGGAGUAUUGCCCCCUACUGAUGCCAAGUUGUUCGUCAUUAGCAGUCCUGUCGGACCGUAUUAUAAGUCGGGCUUCAAACCAGUGUCGCUACUAGCAUCUAGCAAGGCUGUUAGGGCUUGGCCUGGAGGCACGGGUGCUCAGAAGGUCGGGGGUAAUUAUGGACCAACGCUCUUACCGCUGCGGGAAGCAAUUGAGAUGGGGUAUUCACAAAUACUAUGGCUACUCCCGACCGACUCGUCGGCUGAGGACUACUAUGUAACGGAGGUUGGUACUAUGAACCUGUUCUUGGUGUUCCGUACUCCUGAUGGUAUGGAAGUGGUGACACCACCGUUGAGUGAUGUGAUACUGCCAGGAAUCACCAGAGACUCGGUAUGGACUAUAAAGUCCGAGGGGGCUCCCCGUGGCAUAGAGGUAUCAGAGAGGCAUGUAACCAUAAACGAGGUCAUCGCUGCCUAUGAGGCCGGCAAUCUCCUCGAAGUGUUUGGUACGGGGACAGCAGCUAUUGUGUGUCCAGUUGAUUUGAUCAACUUCAAAGGAAAGGAUAUUCAUGUAUGA